AUGACAUGUGAUACUGGACGACCUUGUAAAAGAUGUGUUCAAAGGGGCUUACAGGAUACCUGUGAAGACGCUCCAAGGAAAAGAAAGAAAUAUCUCGCCGAUGUACCCACAAAUAUUUUAUCAAAUCCACUGCAGAAUUUAGAAAGCGAUUUGAGUAAUGACAAGAAUUUCGAAAGAAAUAUGGAGAAUCAAGCACCCUUUCCUUCUAUAAAUCGUUUCUUUCCCCAAAACAAUUCGGGCAUUUUGAACUACGAUCAACAAGAUUCAGUGACUCAGAAUACUAUUGCGCAGGAACCAAGACAAUUACCUAUAGCUCAAUCUCAGGCGCCGCCUCCAGAUAUAGGAACCAAUGGUGCUCGAAGCAGACGUACUAAUUUUCUCUCCUCUGCUGCAGACCUUGAGUACUCACAAUUAUCAAAUAUUUUAAAUGAUCAUUUGUCAUCUAGUGAUACCUCACCAAAUUCAGUACUAUCUCCAAUGCUCUCUCCUCAUAAUAUGUCACAUCAUGCAUCCAUUCCACAGCAACUGGACUAUCAAUCAAAAUCCAUAUCUUAUUUCCCAGAUCAGGCCAGCUCAUCAGGUAAUGUUUCUGGCCCAAAUGACAGAUUAAUUAAAGGUAGCAUUUAUGAUAGCUCACCGUAUCCUAAAUGUGAUGAAACUAUAAAUCAAUUCUUUCUCGGGCCCUCUGAAUCAGACCAUGUUCAAACAUUUCCGGAUGUUUUACUAGCAAUUGAGGCAAUGAGGGCCGCAGAUCCAGCUGUAUAUCAUGAAAGGUUUUCGAAACUGGCUUUGCUGUUUACAAUAGGAAUCAUCACAGAUGAAAGCAAUUAUACCCCCCAGGAAUAUACAUUCAAGGAACCAGAAGAAAUUUAUGCUAAAGUGAAUAAGCCAUUCUCGUACACUCCAGGAUAUCAUUCUUUAAUUUCGUACUUGAGAAAAAGAUUUCCAAGAGAGAUGUUAGUUCACAUGGCAGAAUCAAUGGCAGCAUACCGGCCCUCUUUCAUAGCAUGUACUAAUUCACUAAAGGAGGGAGAUCUCAUUUUCAUGGAACAGUGCUUUCAAAGAACGUUAUUGACCUACGACAACUUCAUAAAAGUAAGCGGAACUCCUACAAUUGUGUGGAGAAGAACGGGCGAAAUAGCUUACGUAGGUACCGAAUUUUGCAUAUUAACUGGCUGGUCCAAGAAUGAUCUUAUGGGUAAAGAACGAAAGUUUAUAGUGGAACUUCUUGACGACAAAUCAGUGGUAGAAUAUUUCCAGCUCUUUCUGCGAAUUGCUUUUGGUGAUUUUUUGGGUGCUACAAUGACAGAAUGUACCCUUUUAACUCCAAAGAAUGAUAUCAAGAUUAGAACUGGAUGCAUAUGGACUUUAAAAAGAGACGUUUUUGGUAUUCCAAUGAUGAUUAUUGGCAACUUUUUACCUAUAGUUUGA